AUAUACAUAUAUAAAAAAUGAGCAUAUAUAUCUAUAAAUUUAUAUACAUAUCACUGUGAAACAAGAGGCAAGAAGAAAAUUCUGUCAUCGGGGCUGGUCUCUGAUUGUGAGACCAUAUACAGUGUUUUCAGCAUUAUUUUAAUUGUUUUCCAUCGAGCGGAGGAAGACUACAGUCGUGUGUGUUGCUCGUUUCCUGGUUGCUGCCUCCACGUCCCUUUUUUUCUUUGGAUUGGGAGGAAUUAAGAAGACGAGAACAGGGUUUGUGAGGGGAGAGAAGUCGGCACGAUUUGCGUGAUUUGUGUGGUUUCUACGAGCAUCGCUGCUCCGGUAGCUGAGCAGCGCUGCAUGCUGUGUUUGAUCUGAGCAGGCAGUAGUGAGUGAGAGCGAGAGAGAGAGAGAGAGAGAGAGCGAGAGAGAGCGAGAGAGCGAGAGAGCGAGAGAGCGAGCGCCACAUCGUGUGAGCCAGCCAGCAUGCACAAACACCACCACUGCUGUAAGUGCCCAGAGUGUUAUGAAGUGACCCGCAUGGCUGCCCUGCGUAGGAUGGAUGCCCCGGCGUAUGGAGACUGGCAGCCUGAACCCUACGGAUAUCCAGCCAGCUAUGGAGGAGGCCAGACUUUACCACCCCAGCCCUCAGGUGGAGGAGGGGGCAUGGGUGGAGGUGGCACGCUGGGAAGAAGUAAAGGGAAAAUGUUGUCGUCCGGGGGUCCUGGAGGUCCCAAUCCCAAGAGCCAGUCCAAGGGUGGUCCAAAGGUGAACGGCAGCAACUCAGGAGGGCAAGGUGGAUGGUGGCCAGAAUGCACCUGUUCCAAUCGGGACUGGUAUGACCAGGCGAACCCACCUCCUGUCAUAGUCAGCACAGACUCGCUGGACGCAGGGCCAUAUGUGAAUGGAAGCGAUGGGAUGUACAAAUACGAAGAAAUCAUUUUGGAAAGGGGAAACUCUGGCCUGGGCUUCAGUAUUGCUGGAGGGAUUGAUAAUCCACAUAUUCCCGACGACCCAGGAAUCUUCAUCACUAAAAUUAUCCCUGGAGGUGCAGCGGCCAUGGAUGGAAGGCUGGGAGUGAACGACUGUGUGCUGCGUGUGAAUGAGGUGGAUGUGUCUGAGGUGGUGCACAGCCGGGCGGUGGAGGCACUGAAGGAGGCUGGUCCUGUGGUCCGGCUGCUUGUGCGUAGAAGACAGGCUCCACCCGAGACCAUCCUGGAGGUCAACCUGCUCAAAGGGCCCAAAGGCCUGGGCUUCAGCAUUGCUGGUGGCAUUGGUAACCAGCACAUCCCUGGAGACAACAGCAUCUACAUCACCAAGAUCAUCGAAGGCGGCGCAGCACAGAAAGAUGGAAGACUUCAAACAGGCGAUCGGCUCCUGGCUGUGAAUAACAUCAUCUUGCAGGACGUGCGUCACGAGGAGGCCGUAGCCGCGCUGAAGAACACCUCAGACAUGGUGUAUUUGAAAGUGGCCAAGCCAGGAGCCGUGCAUCUCAACGACGUGUAUGCUCCUCCUGAUUACUCAAGCAGUCUCGCCCUGCCUCCAGCCUUCCCCACUAUGGUGGACAACCACGUCGGCCACAACUCCAGCAUGGCCUACAUGGGCGGCAUGGAGCCUAAGCCUGUGUACCCUCCCCAGGUCACUCCCUCACGCUACUCCCCAGUGCCCCGACACAUGCUGGGCGAGGAUGACUUCACCAGGGAGCCGCGGAAGGUCCUGCUGCACAAAGGCUCCACAGGACUGGGCUUCAACAUUGUGGGCGGGGAGGACGGAGAAGGAAUAUUUGUGUCUUUUAUCCUGGCGGGAGGGCCUGCCGACCUGAGUGGAGAGCUGAGGAGGGGAGAUCGCAUCCUAUCGGUGAAUGGUGUGAAUCUACGCAGUGCCACUCACGAACAGGCUGCGGCUGCACUGAAGAGAGCCGGCCAGACUGUCACCAUCAUCGCCCAGUACAGACCAGAAGAGUACAGCCGUUUUGAGUCCAAGAUCCACGACUUGAGGGAGCAGAUGAUGAGUAGUAGCAUGAGUUCUGGAUCAGGCUCCUUGCGUACCAGUGAGAAGCGUUCCCUCUACGUCAGGGCUCUGUUUGACUACGACCGGACCAGGGAUAGCUGCCUCCCCAGCCAGGGACUGAGCUUUUCCUACGGAGACAUCCUGCAUGUCAUCAACGCGUCCGAUGACGAGUGGUGGCAGGCUCGGCUGGUCACGCCCCAUGGAGAGAGUGAGCAGAUCGGGGUCAUUCCCAGCAAGAAAAGGGUGGAAAAGAAGGAGCGAGCCCGGUUAAAAACUGUCAAGUUCCACGCUAGGACAGGCAUGAUUGAGUCCAACAGGCAGCUUGUCAAAGUGAAACGCAAAAAAAGCUUCAACCUCUCACGCAAGUUCCCGUUUUACAAGAGCAAGGAGAAUAUUGUGCAGGACUUGGUGGAGUCUGAACAGUGUUUGACAUCCAAUACCAGUGACAGUGAAAGCAGCUCCAAGGGUCAAGAGGAUACGAUUUUAUCAUAUGAGCCAGUGACCAGACAGGAGAUCCAUUAUACAAGGCCUGUGAUCAUAUUGGGCCCAAUGAAGGACAGAAUAAAUGAUGACUUGAUCUCAGAAUUCCCUCACAAGUUUGGAUCCUGUGUUCCACAUACAACUCGUCCACGACGAGAGAAUGAAAUGGAUGGGCAGGAUUACCACUUUGUAGCCUCAAGAGAGCAGAUGGAGAAAGACAUCCAGGAUAACAAGUUCAUUGAAGCAGGCCAGUUCAAUGAGAAUCUCUACGGGACCAGCAUUCUGUCUGUUCGAGCAGUGGCUGAGAGGGGAAAACACUGUAUCCUGGAUGUGUCUGGGAAUGCUAUAAAACGACUCCAACAAGCACAACUCUAUCCGAUUUCCAUUUUUAUAAAGCCAAAAUCUAUUGAAGCUCUGAUGGAAAUGAGCAAGAGGCAGACGUAUGAACAAGCCAAUAAAGUCUUUGAUAAGGCAAUGAAGCUUGAACAGGAAUUUGGAGAAUAUUUUACAGCCAUAGUCCAGGGUGACUCACUAGAAGAGAUCUACAGUAAAAUCAAGAUGAUCAUCGAGGAGCAAUCGGGCCCUUACAUCUGGAUCCCAUCCUCAGAAAAGCUCUGAGCCUGCAGCCUUCGCUCCUCUGCACGUGUGCAGAGCCCUGCCGUAAACCUGGCCCUGCUCUAACCCAAGUCCACUCCUUCCCUUUUUACUGAUAUGUUUCAUAUCAAGUUUUAGUGUCAUCAUUAUGUUACUCUCAAAUGAAAAAGAAGUCUUAUCACCAUUACUGUGACUGUGCACAACCUGCAUGAGUUUCUCAGCAAAUCCAUCCAAGACUGGAAAUGCCAUUCCAAUUGAAUUUUUUGUCAUGUUAAAACAAAAGGGAAAAUGAAUUCUCUGUUGGGAUGGACUUGGGGGAGGGGAAGAAUAUCUCAAGACGAGAGUGGGGUCUGGGAUUUUUAAGAUAUUCCUUUGGAACGGAGAGACUGAAAAGCCAGAACCCUAUACAUGUUUGUUGUUACGUUAUAAAGAAAUAGAGGAAGAUACUGCGCAAAGACCAACAAGGUUUUCUACAAGGACUAAAAACAGAUCAAACCUGCUGACGGUACUGUUUAUGGUGUUACUGAUCACAUUUAUAGUAAUUUAGAGAAGAAACUUAAACUGGUGAUCUUCAGUAACUGCAAAGCAGCCAUUGGUUGGCUGCUGAAGACAGUUGUUAGUCCGGCAGUUAGUAGAGGCCACUGAAGGCAGAACAAAUGGAAUGAAUAUACAUUUAUAUUACUGAAAUCACAUGUUAAAUAAACAUCCUAUGGAGCGAUUUUACAACAUAUUAUUAAAUACUACGGUACACAUUUUACACUUCACUAGAAUUGUCUAUUUGGAGGGCUGUUAGAGUUCAUUUAUUUGUCUUUGGGUUUUUAUGUUCUUUCUUGUGGUUUUUAGCUGCUCUAUAUUAAAGAUGAGGGUAGAGGGGUGUAACUGGGCUCUCUGCAAGACACCAAACUGCCUUAGUUAAUGAAAAUUCAUUAGAAUUUCAGUCAAUUGAGGGGAUGCUACAAAUUACUUAACUGACCUGUGCUUAAGACUCUACUACUUAUUGGAGGCCUAUCUUCUGAGUGCAAUAGACCUGUGUCUUACCUCUUUGAAAUCCAUUUCCCCUCAUUACUUCUCUUUUGUCUUAAAUGACUGAUUUCUGAAUUACACUUUUGGCAGCCAAGACUCCCCUAAAGUUGUUGAGCAGCAGACUGCCCAUUUGCACUUUCUCUGCCUUCCACGACUCUUCUCUUCAGACUGAUCGGUAAUAUGGUACUGUCCUGUAAGCUGCCUGAGGAGGCAGCCUUAAAACGGGUAGAAUCAAGACAAUAAUUGUACUGGAUGUCCUUCUCAAUAUUAAACAGUCGGUAGAGCCUGAAAUGGCCUAAUGUCCCUAGAACUCAAAAAUGCUUUGAUUAAAUCUGUUGUUUUGUAAUUUUUUUUUCUUAAA